AUGGGAAACGUGUGCAACUGUUUCGGAAAUAGCUCUAACCAGAGCAAUAUGCAAGAAAAAACUAGUUUUAUGUAGCAGCGCUUUUAGAAGAUGGAAGAAGAAGACAAAUUGGAUAACUCAUAAACUAAAACAAAUGACCAAUCAACAAUAUAGCCACUUCCAAAAGAAAACAAAGUUAAGAAGAAUCCUUACGAGGUCACACUCAAUGAUUUCAUCACCAUCAAAUGCCUAGCUAGAGGAUCAUUUGGAAAAGUGCUCUUGGUUUAAAACAAGGAUACCAAGCAGUACUAUGCUAUGAAAACACUUAAAAAGGCAGAUAUCAUUAAUAGAAACCAAAUAGAAAACGCUUUAAAUGAGAAGAAAAUCCUUUAGUUCAGCGACCACCCUUUCGUAGUUAAAUUGAAAUUCUGCUUUUAAAACGAAUUCAACAUCUACUUUAUUAUGGAAUACAUGCCUGGAGGCGAGCUCUUCCACCACAUAAAAAAGAGACAAAGAUUCCAAGAGUAAACUUGUGUAUAUUAUAGUGCUCAGGUUAUUUUAGCCCUAGAAUAUUUACAUGAAAAACUAAAUGUCAUUUACAGAGACUUAAAGCCAGAAAAUAUCCUCAUGGAUGAAGAUGGAAACGUUAAACUGAGUGAUUUCGGUCUUGCUAAAAGCACUGCUUUCACUAAAAAUUACAGUUUUUGUGGUACUCCAGAAUACUUAGCACCAGAGAUCAUUAAAUAGGAAGGACACAGCAAGCCAGUUGAUUUUUGGACUCUCGGCUGCUUCAUUUAUGAAAUGCUCAAUGGAACUCCACCCUUCAGACAUCCUUAAAGAACUAUUUUAUAUAAUUAAAUUAUUCAAAAUAAAGUUACCUAUCCAAGCCAUUUUUCUCCUGAAGCAAAAGACUUGAUAUCCAACUUAUUACAGUCUGAUCCAGAGAAAAGAUUGAAUUUCUCUCAACUCAAAUUGCAUCCUUUCUUCAAGAAGAUCAACUGGGAACAAAUGCUCCAAAAGAAGUACUAAGCCCCUAUAAAAAUUGAUUUGUAAAAUGUUGGCUUAAGUAACCAUGUUGAUGCUAAUAAUUAAAUAUAAGAUACACCUUAGGUCAGAAAAAUAGAUGAAGCAAUGCAAGAUAAAUUUAUAGGUAUCACAUAUAGAGGAGAUGCUAAGAAUGACUGA